CGUCGUGAUUCGUCACUACCAAACAAACAUGGUGGCUUACCGACAGGUCCAUGUGCUUCUUGUGAGUCGAAACGGAUCUACUUGAAGUCAAUUUGAAUCAUUUGUCUUUCUUUCCACCUUAUUUCUGAAAAGAAGAGUGAAGCUUUAAGCUCCGCGGUGAGCAUAACGACAACAUGCAACACGACGACGUAAUUUGGGACCUUAUAGGCAACAGGCAGUUCUGUUCUUACAAAGUCAAGACCAAAAGUCAAAGUUUCUGUCGCAAUGAGUUCAACAUCACUGGCGUGUGCAACCGUUCGUCGUGUCCACUGGCCAACAGUCAGUACGCCACCAUCCGGGAGGAGAAAGGUCAGUGUUUCCUCUACAUGAAGGUGAUUGAGCGAGCGGCGUUUCCUGCCAAAUUAUGGGAGAAGGUGAAGCUGAGCAACAACUACGAGAAAGCUUUGGAGCAGAUCGACGAGAACCUCAUCUACUGGCCUCGCUUCAUCCGACACAAAUGCAAACAACGCUUCACCAAGAUCACGCAGUACUUGAUCCGUAUGCGCAAGCUGGUUCUCAAGAGGAAGAAGAAACUGGUUCCUUUGAGCCGUAAGGUUGAGCGUCGGGAGAAGCGCAAGGAGGAAAAAGCUCUGAUUGCUGCACAGCUGGACAACGCCAUCGAGAAGGAGCUGCUGGAGAGGCUCAAGCAGGGGACGUACGGCGACAUCUACAACUUCCCCAUCGUGGCUUUCGACAAAGCGCUGGAGCAGCAGGAUGAGGAGUCAGAGGCAGAGGAGGAAAGUGAGGAGGAGGAGGUAGAGCAGGAUGACGAGGAUGUCGGGAGGCGGGAGUUUGUCGCCGACGAUGAGGUGGAAGAGAGUGACCUCAGUGACUUUGAGGACAUGAACAACUUGAAGACGAGCAGCGACGAGGAGGAGCAAAGUGACAAAGAAAUGUCCACUGAUGAUGAGGGCACGGAAGCGAGAACAAGUCAGAAGGCGCGCGGCAAAGGCAAAUCUCCCGCCAAGGGUUCUGUGGCUCGAAAGAAGCGAGCAUACGUGGAGAUCGAGUACGAGCGGGAAACGGAGCAGCCGGCCACCAAGAGCUUCGCCACGUAGGAGCCGUCGCCAUCAAACUGAACUGUGAUGUUAGCGCAAAGCCGCCAUCGCUGUCAAUCACAACUGCAAGUCCCGCGGCUACACAAAGUCCCCAAGAUGUUUGUUUACGUGCAGCAUUUUUUUUUUGUAAAUCUACUUCCUUAUAUAUCAACAAUUAUGUUGACAUAAAAUGCUACAUUGAAGGUCAUUGUAAUCAUACAAAUGGAAAAGUUUUGCAUAAUGUUUAAUUAAGUUCCAUUGUCUCCAAUUAAAUAGAGAAAUGUC